ACCAACUAUAUAAACAAAAGCUGGCGCGACUUCAGAAUACAAGCAGUUUGUGACAGAUAUUCAUCAUGAACAUGAAGCUCCUAGUCAUCCUCAGCUUGGCAGCUGCGGCUCUUGCUGAAAGCAGGGAGAGAGGAUACGUCUACGGUCCUCCUCAGAGACCCUUCAGAUCUUCGUCCGAAGAAAUUGUCAGGCCUGCCAGCAGCGAGGAAUUCGUUGUUUUCCGUGGAAGCAGUGAGGAAUUCGUUAGGCCCUCAAGCAGCGAGGAGUUUGUCCGUCGCGGAAGCAGUGAAGAAUUUGUACGUCGGGGGAGCAGUGAGGAAUUUGUCCGCAGAGGAAGCAGUGAAGAGUUUGUUCGUCGUCGUGGAAGCAGUGAGGAAUUCUAUAGGCCUGCAAGCAGCGAAGAAUUCGUUCGUCGUCGCGGAAGCAGUGAGGAAUUCUUUAGGCCUGCAAGCAGCGAGGAAGUGUUCAGACCUGCAAGCAGUGAGGAAGUCUUCAGACGACCAGCAAGCAGCGAGGAAGUGUUCAGACGACCAGCAAGCAGCGAGGAAGUGUUCAGACCAGCAAGCAGCGAGGAAGUGUUCAGACCAGCAAGCAGCGAGGAAGUGUUCAGACGACCAGCAAGCAGCGAGGAAGUGUUCAGACCAGCAAGCAGCGAAGAAUUCGUUAGACCACCAGUCUACCGUCCACCAAGAGCAUCAUCUGAAGAAAGGUCUGUCGAGUCCUAUGAAUCGACAGAAGCCCAGUACGAGUUCGCCUACGAGGUGGAACACGAGCCCUCGGGCAACGACUUCGGACACCAGGAACAGCGCGACGGAGACGAGACCCACGGAUCAUACCACGUCCAGCUUCCCGACACCCGCCUCCAGAAGGUGACCUACUACGUCGAGGGUGACUCGGGAUACGUCGCUGAUGUCAGCUACGAGGGCGAGGCCCAAUUCCCCGACUCCUACGAAUCCUACGAGUCCAGGUCACGCGAAUCCGACGAAUCCUUCGAGGCUCCAAGACCCGUCUACGUCGCUCCAGUGUCUCGUGAAUCCGACGAGUCCGCUGAGGCUCCAAGGCGAUUCUACUUCGCUCCCGAAUCCCGGGAAUCUGACGAAUCCUUCGAGGCUCCCAGACCCGUCUACUCUGCUCCUCUUUCAAGGGAGUCAGACGAAUCCAGGGAGGUCCUGCGCUAUGCUCCUCCAAGGCCCGUCUACUCUGUUCCGGAUUCCGACGAGUCCUUCGAAGCUCCUCGUUACCUUCCCCCGAGGACAAACUACUUCGUCCCUGACUCGAACGAGUCCAAGUAAAUGAUGACGAUUCGAGUGGAACGACUUUUCUCGCGGAUGUUUAUUCGCUGAUAUGAUCAGAGCUUGGAAAAUUGCCUAUUCCUUCUUAUUUAUUUUUUCAUAUUUAUUCCAAUUCGAUAUUUAAUCGCUUCUAUUGUAUGCUACGAUUAAAAUAAAGCAUUAUCUAGA